AUGCAGGAGGACGUUGGGGACUUUGGGAGGGUGGCCACAGAACCGGCAUUCAACCCCAAGUGUACGCACUGUGUCGGAGACAGUGUCCGUUGUGCGGUCAUGAUGGAGAUUCUGUUUGCAGACUCGGCACAUCUGGCUUCAAGAGUUCUCGAAGGAUUUGAAGCCUAUGGCCGUGGAGCGCUAAGACCGACCCAGUCCUUUGGACUCGGCCAAGACUUCUUCUCUGAAGAUGAAGAAGAAGAGGAUGACGAGGUCAUCGAUGUGCAGCCGUUUAUGCGGCCUAGACGUGGCGGUGUCUGUGCCGAGCCAUGGACGAAGGGCUACUACAAGGAGAAACUGUGGACGAAGCACUCAGCAUGGGAGCGGAUUCUGUUCGACACCAUGAGGAGUGCGACUGUUUUCAAGCAGUUCGGCGACAGAGACAUGGAACGCUUCAUUCGACCAAUGGUGCUCGAGAUGCACAGAUUCGGUGUCAAUGGGGACAUCCCGUACAACGGCGCCUACGGGAUCGGCGACUCCAUCCCGGGCAAGUUCGUGACUGUGGCCAGGGAGGUCCUCCGCACAGAGAUCCAAGGCGCGGUUGGAGGAGUCACGGAUAGAGUUGCAGCUCUUGAGCGUAGCCUCCAAAGCCACAACGAGAGAACAUUUCAAGCGGUGGAGACCCUCUCCACCGGACAAGCAGAGCAAGGACUACGAUUGCAGCAACUCAUGAGCGACUCACAGGCAAUGGCAACGCGCAUCAACUACUUGGAGGGCACAGUGAAGACGAUUCAAUCCUCGGGGAGUACCCCGUCAACUAUGGAUUCGGGACGCGUCCCAGCCCUGGUAAUGGGAGGCUGGCCUCCCGAUACCUUGGCUGCAGAUGUCCUGGCUAAGGCGAAUGAGAUGGCACGGGACCUUCAACUUCAAAUCAGCAUGGCCGACGCAUUCGUCCCAGGAGUUCGACGAGGCUUUGUCCUCGUACCCAUCGCCCCGAGAGAUGGCGAAUCUGAUGAAGCAAUGAGGCAAAGGAUCCAAACAUGCAUCAGGCGGGUCAACACGUCGAACAUUUCACUGGGGUGGAAGCCAGAUGGCAACCAGGCCCGCCUGUGGCUCACCCUGAGCCAGCCGCCAGAGCGUCGCCGUCGUGCUGCCCUUGCCGGCAAAGUCAAAAGACUCAUCAUUGAGGCAGGGGGCUCCUCCCUGGUGUCUCGCAUUGAACCUGAGUGGGCUACUGGAACGGUCUGGCUGAAGGACACCAAGAUCUCCUCGGGGACGUCCGCAGGACCCCCAAGCUCCAGUAGUGCUGGUUGUGGUUGGAUCGAUUUGCCGCGCAUUGCCGAGCUCAUUGGGGUAGACCCUCAACUACUCGCCAAAACGUGGGAGCCCCAGGCAUCUCAACAGGAGGUUCCUUCCCGGGCACAGCGUGAUGCCUUGCAUUUUGCUGCUUGGAACAUUGGAGGGAUGAGCCCGGAAGCUGUUCUGGACUUCCUCUCUAAUUUUCAGGGCGAAAAACCCCUAGUCUGCCUUUGCAUUGUCUUUCUCCAAGAGAUUACAACGCAAGGCGGUCCGCACUUCCUUGACAACGAGACGUGGAUGCUGAUCCACGGCAAAUUACAGUCCGAGUGGAGAGGGUGUGGAAUUGCAUAUCGCAAGACUCUGGGGGUGCACCAUACCUCCCACCUCCGCCUCGCUGCCUGCACCACGUGCCUCAGACUGCAUAACAGCAAACGCAUAGGAGGAUUGCUCGAGUCGGAGACCCUAUCUUGCACAGGUAGAGGCGAACAGAUCGACUAUGUAGCAAGCAGGAACUUGACCAUCUGCGAGGCGAGAGUCGGUCCCAAAGGCAAGGUCAUUUGGAGUGCUAGGCAACUCAAGGCUGAUUGUCACCAAGUACUGGCCUCUGCAGUGCCCGCACACGCGGAUGAUCAUCAUGCAAUUGCCGCAGUCGCCCAGCAAAUCAGCGAGCCUGUCCACCGGUCCAUGAAGUUCCAAGAGUCCAAGGAACUAAAGCAACUCCGUAAAGCCGCAAGGGGAGCCCCCCCUGGCUCGCUCGCACGCAGCGCAUGGAAGCAGGUGAGUAAGACCCUCCAGCGGGAAAGGAAAGAAUGGCAGCGCCAACUCGCGGACCAAGCGGGGUCCAUGCAAUGGAACGCGUAUCGUGCCAUCAAGAUGAAAUCGUCCCGCACCAAUUGGGCAGAGCAUCUGCUCGAUAACGAUUCCUGGGAGGGCGCGUCGGUCUUGCUGCCCAAGACAGCAACACCUCAAGGCUGGUCUGAUACCAGGCCUAUCACCCUGUCUAGCGCAGUCCUCAAGUGGAUAGCUCAACUGCUACUGUUGCGGGGGACACCCGCCCUCCUCGAGUGCUGCCAGCACCAAUGGGCGAGCAGGCACAAGCAAGGCGUCGAGCUCAUUCUUGCCAUGCGCAAAUUAGCACGCGUCUCUCACGAAUGGCGCACCCCUUUUUAUGUGGUUAAGAUAGAUAUAGCGAAGGCUUUCGACUCGAUUGCGCAAGAAAAACUCGGCGACCUAGUGAUGCGCAAGAUAGCCCACCGGGGCGAGAUGCCUUGGGAAGCGCGCCUGUGGCUUCGACUCCUCGAAGCGCGUAGUUUGAACUUCUACGUUCAAAAGCACAAAGUCUCGGUUGAACAAACCAACGGGGUACGGCAGGGCAGCCCCGACAGCCCGGUUUUGUUCGCCGCAGCCAUAGGGGAAACCCUUGACGCAGUGCUAAACCAGGUCAAUGGGGGGAAACCCCCGCAUGUAGGCCGACACGGGGCGCUUGAGCCGCCUCCGCACUCUGGAGCAGCCUUUAUGGAUGAUACGUACGUAUGGGGGGAAUCCCCAGAGUAUGUCCAAGAAGUCCUGACUGCACUAGAAAAGGAGUUUCUUGAACUCGGCCUGCGUAUCAAUGCCAAAAUGACGCAUGUAGUCUCCACCAUCCCAGAUGAUCCUUUUCGCUUCACCAUCGGAGGGGUCGAAGUCGCCCCUGACGGGCCGCAUAGCAUCCUCACCAUCCUGGGAGCACCAGUCACGCUUUCCGGCGCCAUUGCACCGUUAGUGGCUGAGAUGCAAAGCAGAGCUCGCUGCGCCUUCCACGCCAACCGAAAGCUACUUUGUUCGCGUGCGCCGGUCGCUGACCGCCUCAGGAUGCACCAAACUCUCGUGCGUAGUGCUGCGCUGUGGGGGUGCCCCGCAUGGCCUCCGCAAGCUGCGCUACUUCAAGCUGCCAACACUACCCAACUCUUGCAAGCCCGCACCAUGAUCUGCGGGGGGCGCUCCCCGACGGAAGCCUGGCAAGACUGGCACAUCAGGUCGAUGAGGAAGACCCGAGCAGCCUUGCACCAGUAUAAGAUCAUGAGAUGGUCAACCCAUUCGCUACAGAUGCAGUGGCAGCUCUGGGGCCACAUAGGCAACCAAUGGUGGGUUGCCGCGAACAACAGGCCUCAAUGGCAGCAUAUGUGCAAGCGCUUCAUCGACGCCUUCGACCCACCCUGGGCGAUCAUGGAAGCCGACGAGGUGACGGACAUGCCAGUUCGUGAACAGGGGCGGUAUGAUCCUGCAGCGGACCCCUGGCAUGAAGAUGGCACCUUUGACGGCAUCUCGCCCGAAAUGGGAGCCCUCCUCGCAAAUCGGCAGCAGCUGCCACCACAAGGAGGCCAAGUACACCAACAACAUGGGCCGCCUAUGAUGACAUCCCAGCCCUACGAUCCGUGGGAAGACGACCUCGACCAACCGCUCUCAGGGAACAGCAGGGAGUUUUCAGCACCCGGGGGCUGGGCAGUUCGAGCCUCCCACGAUGGACCCGUGGGGAGUUAUUGCCAGGCCUCCACAUGUGCCAACGACCCUGACGAUAGCUGCGACGCAGCGUUGCCUGGAGAGGGGGAGUACGCCGCACCGGACGACGCCCUGCUGCUUGCUACCGCGCCUUCUCAGGAAAUGGAACCUGAGCAAGGGGAAGCUGAGCAUGAGACCCAACACGACGUUGCCGAGCCCCAGGAUGACAUCCCCGCGGCAGAGGACGAUGAACUGGUCGACAUCCAAGAUGACCCAGAUUGGGAUAGCGACUCGGCCGACAGUGAGGAGGAGGACGAUGCACCACAAGGGUCAGCCACCCAGACGGGGGGACAACCCCCCAAGAGGAAAGCCGGCCAUGGCUCCCAGCGCGUGACCAACAAGGCCAGGAAGUCGGACGUCAAGAAAAGAUGGCGAGAACUCGACUGGGGCAAGAAGCCAAAGUGGUUAAGCUGGCGAAGAGCCCUCGACUACAUCCUUAGGGGCGAGAAGCCCCCGAACAAGGAACCGCUCCCGCACCUCACUGCACUACUCUCUGCCCACCUCUACAGCUACGAUGCCCAGGGGAAGCUGAUCCCCCACCACCCGCCGCGUCCCCAUGCAGAUCCGGAACCGGCUCGGGGAGACAAGAACCGCCACGAGCUCUUCGACUAUGGCAUCUUCUUCCACGGCGCAGUCGACCCAGGAGGAUUCCGAAACAAGUUCAGUUCCAGCUACCGGACGGGCACCGAGAAGACCCUCCGCGACGGAGUUCACAAUUAUCCUAUUCGGGUGGUGGAUAACAGACCGGAACAAUACCGCUACAACGAGCCGCUGCAGACAGACCCCGUCCGCGUCAACAACCAGGACAACAGCCUGCACAACGUCGAAGGGGGCCCACCCCUCUAUGGCACGAGUGACCUAGACCAGCAAGCAGCGGAAGCCAUUCAAUCGGGGCAGGCUCCCCCAUGGACAGUCGAAGGCCAAGGCCCAAGCAUGCGGAGCAGCGUGCGCGUGGACGAUAACAGCCAUGACAUAUCCUGGGUGCCGGGGGUGACACCUCGCACGCGACCACCGCCGAUGCCACUGCAUCCCAACACAGUCCUGAGCAUGAGAGGCACCGCCACUGGGGCGUGGCGAGGAGCUACCUGGUCUCCUCCUGCGGGGUCAGUUAUACAACACCCGCCAAGGCAACAAGUGGAGCCCACCAUUGUCAUUUACAAGACCCUCUCUGGCCAAUCUGACGGGGAGGUUCUCCCCGACUCGCUGCACAUGACGAUCCACCCUGCCGGUGCAUGGAUCGCCACCACACGCUUCGAAUUAGGGUUUGCCAGAACGCCUAGAUACUGGCUAGUGGUCGUCGAUCAUGCACCGCCUGCAGCACCAAACCGCAUUCCGCUUCGCUCUGGGCAAAGCUUUUGGCUUGAAUGGCGUGGUGUGGAAAAAGUUUGGCAACGUCGGCCCAGAUUCGACAAUGACGUUCAGGCCCUGGGAGGUUUCUCCGUGAUCCCCGAGGACAAAGCACCGAGGCCGCCGACACCCCCACAACGACGAGAUCCCCCUGACGUUCCUCGAGGACGGCCCAGACAACCAGCGGGGUUUAACCCGCAGCGGUUCGUGGACACGCGGCCUUUGCGGGGAAGGCUUAUUCAGCCAGCGCAGGUCCCCCCACAACCUACGACAGAUGCCUCCAGCUCCUCGAGACCCGCGGCAUCAGCGGAGAACAUCGGCGACCAAGGGGGAAAGCACAACAUGGAAGCUCAGGCCGCCGCACAGCAAGCCGAAGCCCCCAGACGGCGCUCGCCAAGAAGCCAGAGAUGGGGGCGACCCACUGCCAAAGCAAAGCCACCGCCACCGCCUUCUUCGGGGUCCGAUACAGAAACCAGCUGGCCCAGCGAGGACCCAGCCCCGCCCGAUGACGCAACCGGGCUCGUACAACACAACUCUCGGACACCCACAGAGCCAACCGCCCAGGACGACCUCGUGAUGUUCAUGCAAAGACAACGACCGCAACCACCUGCAGAAGCCGGCGAUCCAGCUCGGGGGUCGGGCUCCGACGAGCCAUGCCCACCACAUGCACUACCUGCUCCACUACCGCCACCUCCGGCCGAGACUGAGCACCAAUGGUUCUCAGUGGCAGCCAACUUCGAUGGCGAGUACACAGUCAGCGGCCUCCUGCGCCUUCUGCACAGAAUCAUGCAUGAGACUCUCCAGCAAUCUUUUACGCAGUCCAACGAGUACCUCACCAACCUGGCCUACCACGCCUGCUAUUACCUCUCGAAGUUGCAGAGUACCAAUGACGGACAACAGCAAGCACCACCUGCGGGGGACCACCCCGACCGCGCUGACGCGCCCGGGCCGACCGCAAUGGUCUUCUGCAUUACAAAUGCCUUCGUUGAAGCGGAGGCUGCUUUGGACAGUUUGGUCCAUCACCAUCGAGAGCUCCCUCGACGACAUCUUGAAAAAGAACUUCGCCGAGCAGAAAGCCUCCUGCGUGACGGCCGUGCUGUGUUCAAAAGUUGGGCCAGAGACCCCAACGCUCCGGGAGCAUUACCCGGCACCGCCGCCUCCCAGAACGCCUUGGAUGGGGUCAGCUUUGCGCACCUCUCUAUAGAAGAAGGAGGCGUUGCAAGCCUGGACGAGAACCUCCGGCUGGCCCUGGCGGCCACCCAGCGUUGCAGCCGCUACCUGGACCAGCUGCUUGAAUGGAUCGCAAAGCACUUCCAGAACAACACAGAUGGGGGAAGUCCGUCUCCCAAGAAAAGGAAAACCGAGCAAGCCUCGGGCAGCGACGGCGUACCGUGCUACCAGCCGGCAGUUGGGGACGAUUGGCAACCCCCGAAAGCCAACAAAAGCACUGAUCCGCAGCUGGGGGACAAACCCCACCAUCCUGAAGUACCUCCGCCAGCUCAUGAUGGACGACCACAAGACCCUGGACUACCUCGCGAAGCUCGACGUGGCCGGGAACCAGAGGCAGCACCUUACAACAUCCUUAGAGCGCAGCAGAUCCUCGAGGGAGUCAUGCCCUUCACCGAACAGCAAGUGGCGACGACACUCCAAGAGGUACACUCUUUACUCUCGCAGUGGACAGAAGCCCUUUGGGGGGAGCCCAUUGUCCUCACCGACAGUCUGGAAAGCCAUGGACCGGGCCACCAUGAAUCGGCGGGUGAACUGCCGACCGUGGAACUGGCCCCCACGUUGCCUGCCGAGCUGAGCGACGAGGAGACGGUGUCGGUCGCAUCCCACAGACGGAGGCGAGCACAUGCAGCCUUCGAUGCAGAGUGA